AUGUCAAAACAAUCAUUAAUUAAAAAAUUAGGUAUAAAGUACCCCAUAAUUCAAUCACCAAUGGCUGGUGUAUCUACUAUUGAAAUGUCAAGUUCUAUUACAAAUAAAGGUGGAUUGGGUUCAAUACCUUUAUCUACUAUAAAUUUCAUAAGACAAGAUUCAAUAAGGAAAUUAAAUGAUAUUAUUGAUAAAUAUAAAUCUCAAUUAAAUGAUACUCAAAGAGUUAAUAUUGUUAACUUGAAUUUUUUUUGUCAUGAUAUUGUAAGUGGACCAAAUACUAAACAAACUGAAAAUUGGAAAAAUUUAUAUAAUACUACUAUUAAUUCUCAAGAUAAUUUUGAAGUUAAAGAAUUGAUCAAUGAUAUUGAAUUUCAGAAUGGUAAUGUCUCAUUUAAAGAAUUUGAACAAAAUAAAGAUCAAUUUCAAAUACUACUUGACUACCUUGUUUCAAUAAAUCCAAAAAUAAUAAGUUUCCAUUUCGGUAUACCUUUAAAACAAACAAUUGAGUUUUUACAAAAACAUGAAAUUAUGAUAUUUAUAACUGCUACUUCUUUGGCAGAAGUAAUUAAACUACUAGAAUAUGGUAUUGAUGGAAUUAUAUUACAAGGUUCAGAAGCUGGUGGUCAUCGUGGAAAUUUUUUGAGUAGUGAUUAUCAAGAUGAAUAUUUAACUACUAAAGCACUAUUUUUAAAAACUAAAGAAUAUUUUAAAACUAGAAGUAUAGAAAAAAUACCGUAUUUAGUACCAUCUGGUGGGAUAAUGAAUACGGAUACAAUAAAUUGGUAUUUGAAUCAAGGAGCUGAUGCAGUUCAAUUAGGUACAAUUUUCUUAUCAACUCCAGAAUCAACAACAUCUACUUUUUUCAAUAAUUAUAAUCCAUUGGAAAGUGAUACAAUAAUGACUAAUUUAAUAAGUGGUAAAAAUGCAAGAUGUAUAAAUACAAAAUUUAUAACUACAUUAACCAAUAAUUAUUAUGAAAAACAAGAGAAUUUACCUGGUUAUGGAUAUUCUUAUUAUGGGUAUAAGAAAUUGAAAACACAAAUCGAUCCAGCUCUAGAAGAUAUUGGAUUUUAUUUAUGUGGAUUAAAUCAUUUCCAAAUAAAACAAGGUAAAACAACAAAUGAAAUUAUGGAUGAAUUAAUUAAAGAUUUAAAAUAUUGA